GAAAGUAGUUGAAAUAAAAACCAAAAAUGGUAGUGAAUUAUUUAACUCCCACCAGCCAUAAUAGUUGAAAUUUUGUAGUUUCAACUUACAGCAUGAUGAAAUUGUGGGGUCCAUUAUUCACUUUGUCACGUUUCACCUUCUUUCUUCACAGUUUCUUCUAUUAAGACUUUUAAUAACAAUCCAAACUUGUCUCAUGUUUUGAAGUUUUUAUUUUUAGCUUCAAAAAAUGGUUUCAUUCAUCAGAAAUGUGAACCUCUUUUUCUUUGCCAGCUAAGAUUUUUUUUGCACUCAAUUGUUUCAAACUUCAAACCUGGUAUGUUUGUUUUUUGUUAGUUAAAAUUCUGUUAAGGUAGUUAUUGUUUUUUUUUUCUGUUGUGUUUGUUGUAAAUUUUGUGUCUUUAAUCAAAAGGGUUUAUGAAUCUACCCUUUUUUCUUAGAAUUAUGUUUCAGGAAUUCAAUUAUUUGAGGUUGUAGUUUGAAAGUUGAUAGUUGAAACCCUUGUUCUUAAUUUAACUGUUUUUUUGUUUAAUCAAUUGGGGAAUUUUUUUUUUUUUGUUUUUGUUUUUAUGAUAUUUUCACAAACUAUAAUAUUCAUAUAUUUUCCUAAGUCUUCACUACAUUUAUGUUUUUGUAAUGUUGUAUAUUUGGUAUAGAAACAAUUUACAAAGGUUUGUUUGUUUUGAAGAAGUUUAUGAUGCGAGUGUUUUAAUGUGAAAUAGUUAUUACAAAGCUGGAGUAUCCUGAUUUUUAGUGUCUGCUUUAUGUGCAUCGACACGAAUAAGGUAAUUCGCUUUGUUCUACAUAAGGUAGAGAGAUGGAUAGGAUUCAAGAGAGAGAUGAAAGUAACAGAAGUCGGCAUUCAUCGUCUUCGGUUGUAGCUCUAGCAAUCAAGGGUAACAAGAAAAGCAAAUAUGUGGUACAGUGGGCACUCAACAAGUUUGUUCCUGAGGGAAUGAUUGUCUUCAAGCUGAUACAUGUUCAUGCUGGUAUAGUAGGAGUUCCCACACCAAUGGGAAAUCUUCUCCCAAUUUCACAAGUGCGAGAUGAUGUAGCGGCUGCUUACAGACAGGAAGUGGAGUGGCAGACAAAUCAAAUGCUUCUACCUUUUAAGAAAAUGUGUGAGCAGAGAAAGGUGCAUGUAGAUGUUGUAGUGAUUGAAUCGGAUGAUGUAGCAUCUGCAGUAGCGGAGGAAAUAACUAAGGAUGGUAUAACCAAAUUGGUUGUUGGAGCUUCAUCUGGUGGCUUAUUUAAAAGUAAACAUAAGGAGAUGUCUGCAAAAAUCUCAGUUUGCACUCCAAGAUUUUGUACAGUUUAUGCUGUUUCUAAAGGAAAAUUGUCCAUACGGCCAUCGGACAUGCAGAUUGAUGAAAGCAUUACAGAUGACGCAAGUGAAAUCAGUUUUUCCUCCAGCAGUUCAUCAAACUACACUUCUACCACUCAGACAGAUUCUGGCUCGGUUGCAUCAUAUGCUGCUUUACAUUCAUCUUCCUUGGCAACACAGCGAUUUCAAGCUCUUUCAAGUAUGAAUCAGAACCUUCUAAACACAACUCCUAGUUUGAAUGAAACUAAUCAUUCUAGAGGCCAGUCCAUUGAUCUUGGACGAGGAAAUGUUGCUACAAGUUCUGCUAGAAACUCAGAUUUUGACCGUGGUCUGAGUCGAGCCUCUAGUUUCAGAAGCAUUGUUUCAGAUACUGAUACUUGGAUUUAUGAUCAAAAAUCUUUAAAGGAUGCGCCACUAGCUUCUAAACUUGCAUCACCUAAUAGACAGGAAAAUUUUAACCUUGAGCUGGAAAAGUUGAGAAUUGAACUAAGACAUGUCCAAGGAAUGCAUGCAGUAGCUCAAACUGAGAACAUCGAUGCAUCACGAAAGCUAAGUGAACUAAGCAAGAGGAGAUCAGGAGAAUCCAUGAAAAUGAAGGAGAUCAUUGCUAAGGAGGAAGUGGCUCAAGAAUUAGCAAGACAAGAAAUAGAGAAAUAUGAAGCUGCCGCAAGAGAAGCUGCAUAUUUGAAAGAAUGUGCUGAAAGAGAAGCUUCAGAAAGAAAAGAAACAGAAUUAAAAGCUAUCCGUGCUGCCAAAGAGAAAGAAAAGCUAGAGGAUGCUCUGAGUGGUUCCACACCUCAGUACCAAAAAUUUAUGUGGGAUGAAAUAGUUUCAGCUACUUCAUCUUUCUCUGAAGAUCUGAGAAUUGGAAUGGGUGCAUAUGGAAUGGUGUAUAAGUGCACUUUGCAUCACACAACUGUUGCUGUUAAAGUUCUCCACUCUGCCGGAAUCAGCCAAAGCAAGCAAUUCCAGCAAGAGUUAGAGAUAUUGAGCAGAAUUCGUCAUCCAAACUUGCUUCUUCUUCUUGGUGCAUGUCCUGAUCAUGGAUGCCUUGUGUACGAAUACAUGGAAAAUGGUAGCUUGGAGGAUAGACUAUUUCAGAAAAACAGUACCAUCCCAAUCCCAUGGUUUGAUAGGUUUCGAAUAGCUUGGGAAAUUGCAUCAGCUCUUUCCUUUCUUCACAGCUCAAAGCCACAACCUAUCAUCCAUCGUGACUUGAAACCUGCAAACAUCUUGCUCGGUGGUAACCUUGUCAGCAAGAUUGGUGAUAUUGGUCUUUCUACGAUUCUCACUUCAGACGAUUUAUCUACCAUGUAUAAAGACACGGCGCCUGUUGGAACACUCAGCUACAUCGAUCCUGAGUAUCAAAGGAGUGGUUUAAUAUCUACGAAAUCUGAUGUUUAUGCUUUCGGAUUAGUGAUGUUACAGUUGUUGACAGCAAAACCAGCAACAGCAAUUACUCAUGUGGUUGAAACAGCAAUUGAGGACGGCAACUUAACAGAUAUAUUAGAUACAAAGGCAGGAUCAUGGCCAUUUCAAGAGACAUUAGACUUAGCUAGAUUAGCUUUGAGUUGUGCGGAGCUUCGGCGUAGAGACCGACCUGAUUUGUUAGAUCAUGUGCUUCCUACAUUGGAGAAGUUAAAAGAAGUUGCCGAUAGGGCUCAUUAUUCCGCUUCAAUGGUUACUAUUAAACCCAAAGCUCCAAACCAUUUUAUCUGCCCUAUACUCCAGGAUGUGAUGGACGAUCCUUGUGUUGCCGCAGAUGGAUAUACAUACGAUCAAAAAGCAAUUGAAAAAUGGCUUAAAGAGAAUGAAAAAUCACCAAUGACAAACAUGGCUUUACCUCAUAAGAUUCUAAUUCCUAAUUACACACUUCUAUCAGCAAUUUUGGAAUGGAAAUCUAAAGAAAUAUGAUACUACAUUAUCUUUUUUUCAAUGUUGAUAUUGUUGAGUUAAAUAGUUAGUUUGUCUAAUGUAGCUUGGCUUAAAAUUCAGUGUGUAGGUUGCAGAUUUUGGUUAGGGAAAUUGAAUUUUCAUUGUAGAUAAAUUUGAUUCUAUUGUCUUAUUUUGUAUGUAAUAUGUAUUACAGUUUGUAUAUUAAUUGAUUAAUCAAAUUCAAACUAACAUUUUUUUGAUA